GGCCGGCCGGCCACUAGGGCACUAACUAGUGGCGGCAGUUGGCGUGACGUCAUCCAUCGAGCAUAUACUACUAGUUUUUGUUGGCUCAGCUCGCUCGCUGCUGCGCCGCGCACUCACUCUAUCGAUCCAUCCAUCGGAUCCAUGGGGUGGGCGAUCGCGCUGCACGGCGGCGCCGGGGACAUCCCGCGCUCGCUGCCGCCCCACCGGAGGGACCCCCGCCUCGCCACGCUCCGCCGCUGCCUCGACCUCGGCACCGCCGCCCUCCGCGCCGGCCACCCCGCCCUCGACGUCGUCGAGCUCGUCGUGAGGGAGAUGGAGGACUGCCCGCACUUCAACGCCGGCGUGGGCUCCGUGCUCACCACCGACGGCACCGUCGAGAUGGAGGCCUGCGUCAUGGACGGCAACACCAUGCGCUGCGGCGCCGUCUCCGGCCUCUCCACCGUCGUCAACGCCGUCUCGCUGGCCAGGCUCGUCAUGGAGAAGACGCCCCACAUCUACCUCGCCUUCCACGGCGCCGAGGCCUUCGCCAGGGAGCAGGGCGUGGAGACUAGGGACCCAAGCCACUUUAUCACGGAGGAAAACAAAGAGAGGCUCAGACAAGCAAGAGAAGCCAACAGGGUGCAGAUCGACUACACCGAACCAAUUAAAGGCCAAGAAGCCCAAGCCCCUCCCGAGGACGACAACAGCCGGAUCGGCACGGUGGGCUGCGUGGCCAUCGACUCCGCCGGCAACCUGGCGACGGCGACGUCCACCGGCGGGCUGGUGAACAAGAUGGUCGGCAGGAUCGGGGACACCCCGGUGAUCGGCGCCGGGACGUACGCCAACCGGCUGUGCGCCGUCUCCGCCACGGGCAAGGGCGAGGCCAUCAUCCGGCACACGGUGGCGCGGGACGUGGCGGCCGUGAUGGAGCACGCGGGCCUCUCCCUCCAGGACGCCGCCGCGCGCGUGGUGGCCGGCGUGCCGCCGGGCAACGUCGGGCUGGUGGCCGUGUCGGCCGCCGGCGAGGUGAGCAUGGUGUACAACACCACCGGCAUGUUCAGGGCGUGCGCCACGGAGGGCGGUCGCUCCGAGGUGGGCAUCUGGCCUGACGACGACGACGACGGUGCUCGUUAGUGUCAGCGAGACGACCAUUUGAGUGUGCUUGAUUUGAUGAUUACGUGUUCUCCAAUCUUCAUUGGGCAAUUUGAAGCAGGAAGCUAUCUUUCCAUUUGUGUGCUACUAAUUUGUGCGAUGUUUCAGUUUUUGAGUUGGUUUAGGACAUUUCGAUUGGGGCUGGAUUUGGUGUGUCAGACAAUCAGCUCAAUUUAUAACCAAAGUACCAUUUUGUGUUGC